GCUGUGUUGUGUAGUUAGUCGGUGAAGCAAUGUUUACAUACAGUCGCACUAGAUGUUUGUAGAAGUGUGUGAUGUGCACCGCUCUGUGUAUUUUACGUAACAUGUUCCCACGAUUCACCCUGUCAAUUUCAGAGCAUUUGAUGUUACUGAGCUAACAUGCUUAGUGAAUCGGUUCUUUGUUUUGACUGCAAUAACCUAAUAUUAACAUAUUGAAGUAUGCGCGGCGCCUGUUGUGCAAAAGCUGCAUAGACGUUCAGUGAAAGUAGAUAAAUUUAAAGACCUUGCCGACUACCAGUAAUGGAUAGCCACGCAAAUAAUUCGCGAAAGCGGUCUUUAGACAAAAUGAUAGAACACAUGACUGCGGAUGUACAGAACAGUGACGGACAGUAUAUUCAGCUGGGCUUCACGCCGCCAUCCACGCCGCAGUCUCACCAUAUCUGGUCAGAAUAUGCUCAAACUAAUGUUAACAGCCCAUCGUUGCAACACUUUAUGCCUCACGCACCAGUCGUUCACAACACUGCAGAAAACACUGUUUACUAUACGGAUUUACAUAUUCCUUACGAGAUGGAUGUCACAUCUCACGUAUCAAAACAGCCUGAAGUGUUGCAACAAUCUGGAUUUUACUAUUCCCCGCCAAGGCAACCAAUAAAUAUGUUGCACGAUAACCAUGAACUAAUUGGCACGGUAUUAGACAUGGGAGGUGGUAAUGUUGUAAAUGUAGUGUAUGGCAGUAGGCCUCCUGCUGUAAAUUCAAGUAGGUUAAUGACCCAACACUAUCACAUGAUUCCUUCAGACACCCAAAGGGAACUUGUUCCUCAUGCAUUGAGCAGUUUUGUUCCGUAUCAAGAUGUGCUUGAAAAUAGUGGGCAGAAUCACAUUGAUGAAUUUGGAUUGUUUGGUGCUAGUGAGCAGUCGCAUGCACAGACAUUGCAGCAGCCUCAUCAACAACCAGUGGCCCAACCACAACAGCAGCCUUUCCAACCUGCACAUGGAAGUACCCAUGGACAGUUAAUUGAAAAUCUGGUUGGGAAUUGGGUGCCGAAUCAGAGUGGAACAUACAGCCCCUUUGGAUGCACAGACACAGGAAUUUGUCCAGCUCCCACAACAAAUCAGCAGACUACACAAACUGUUCCAGAAGGUUCAGAUGCUGAAAAUGAUGCCAAAAAUAUGGGGCAUGGCAUUCGUAAAACCAGAAUAGUAGCAGAAGUAAAGCCAAUGAGGCCAUCAUAUUCAGAUGUUCUUGCAAAGUCUGCUCCAGCCACUUCAAAUAACUCCACGUCUUUAACAAAACAUACGUCAAACAACAUGUCAGUUAAUUCUGGCAGUUCAGUGAAGGCUGAAACUACCCCUCUAGGGAAGCCGAAGGGCAGCAAUUUGCAAAAAUCAAAUUCAAAGAAAUUGAAAAACAGUGUGUUGAAGCGUCAGCAUUCUUCAGGUAGUGAGGAGCAAAGUAUUAGUGGAAGUUCAAGUGCAUUAAAAACUGUACAAAGUCCAUCUGUUGUGCGCAGGACAGCAGAGAGUGACACAAAGCAUGUUGAUUCUGUAGGAUUUAGUUCAUUGCCACGAAAGUGGGUUUCAUUAGAUGAUUUAGACAAUGAGAAACAAAAUCCUUCAUUGGAAGAGGAGGAUGAAGAAGAAGAUGAUGAUGAGGAUGGUGGUGAUGAUGAUGAUGAUGAUGAUGAAGAGGAUGGUGAUCCUUUCCACAGCAUUGACACAAGAACUAGAUCAGUUACAAGCAGCAUGAAGAGCUGUGGUAAUGAUUGCCAGAUGUCAAGAAAAAGUUACACAUCACAACGGUCAAAGAAUGCAUCUCAAGAAGACAGAUGGGAAGGAGGAACACUCAACAAUCAUAAAGUGUCUGCUUGUCCAACAGCAACAACAGCUACAUCUGCAACUACUAGCAAAGCUAGCAGUGGAGUUGGAAAUGCAGGAACAGGAAACAAACGUCCUAUCCAAAUAAACAAUAAUUUGGGCACACCUGUUUGGAAUCAGAAUAGAGUUGGGUGUACGAGAAACAACAAGCCUAAUUCAGAAGACAGGAAAGGGAAUUCAACAAUCUUGAAAGGGGAAGCCAAAGCUGGAUCACAGAGCUCUGGAAGGAGUGCAUCUUGCAGGGGUGCUGGAGCUAGUAGUGCAAGCCCAUUGCCUGUGUCACAGAAUGGAUUUGGAGGACCGGAAAAAGCAGCACAAGCCAAAAGAAACCAACGUGGAAGGAAGCGCACCUUGCAUUCGCCAAUCGCUAUGGUGUGCCAGCCAAUAAGGCAACAGAUAUGGCGUUGGGGUCAGAUGGUGUUUAGUUUUCUGUUGUGGUUCAUGCUUCUGCUGUCUGAUGUCUUGGACAUGAGCACACAGUUAUUGGCACAUCUGUGUGUGCUGGUAUGUGCACAGGUGCACAGUUGGUCAUUAAAGGGAUACUUCAAGCUAACUGCAGUGAUUUACCAAUUAAGUAUAUGGCCAAGAAACUGGUGGAAAGGUAGUACAAAAUCAAAUUCUAAUAAUACAACAAAAGAUAAAUCACACGGUGGUAUUCCAGCCAGUUUAGAGAACAAUAUUUCACUACCAUGCACUGGAGAAGAAGCAAUGAAAAGAUUAUUGGCAUGUAAGGGUAAAGAUCCAUACAGCAUUUUGGGUGUCACUCCUCAUAGCUCUGAUGAUGACAUAAAGAAAUAUUAUAAACGACAGGCAUUUCUUGUUCAUCCGGACAAAAACAAUCAACCUGGGGCAGAAGAAGCGUUCAAGAUACUUGUGCAUGCUUUCGAGCUCAUUGGGGAACCUGAACGGCGUAAAGCAUAUGAUCGGAGAGUAGCUGAAACGCAACAGGUGGAACAAGCGUGGAGUGAAUUAAAUGACUUGCUGUCUCAGCUGCAUCAGAAGAUGGAGUAUGCGGCCAACACAAUAAGAUGCACAAACUGUGGGAAGAGGCACCGCAGAAUAAGUGUUGACCGGCCAUGUUAUGCAGCUCGUUUAUGUGCACAGUGCAAGAUACAUCAUGCAGCCAGGGAGGGAGACAUUUGGGCAGAGAGUUCUAUGCUUGGUUUCCUGUGGCAUUACUAUGCAUGCAUGGAUGGUGCAAUAUAUGACAUAACAGAGUGGGCUGCCUGUCAAGCUGAUAAUUUGCGUCAUUUACGUGCCAAUACACAUACGGUCCAAUACCGUAUAGUGCUGGGCCGCCAUCAGCCUCCACCUCGACAUCGUGGGCCAGAACCACACAGUGAAGCUGACUUGGAGAAUUUUCUGAACAAUCUUUACAGUCAUUCAAGCAAUGGCGAAGUAGGUGGCAACCGUUCUGAUCAAGGUCGCAGCCGUCGCAAAGGAAGAAAAAAGAAGUGAAUCUUUAGCUAACAAAAUGUGAUUUUUUUAAUGUGUAUGACUUUAUGUGCUUUACAAUUGUGAGACCACUUUAAUGUGGAUUUAUUCAGCUUUGAAUUUAUUAGAAAAAUAACACACACUAAAGUAGUGAUAAUAGUUUCACUAUUUACCAUUGCAUACGCCUCACAUGAAUGACUUCAGACAGUGUUCUUGUUUUUAUAUAAAUAGGAAUUGAAAAUAGAUUCCACUUGCGCUCUGACUGAAGCACUGUAGCUAACAAAAACAUUCAAAAGCCUAAAUUUGAUAUUUGUUCAAGGUUCUACAGCUUAAGCAUCCUCCCUGAUGAGAAAUGAGGAACAGUGACAACAGCUUUAUUAUGAAGGGUAAAAGUGCAAGAACAUACACACUACCCUACCUUUAGCACAAUGAAACAUGCUGUAGAAAAUAUUUUUUUCAUUCUUUGUAAGCGGUUUAUUUUGUUCCUUUGUUCCCGCUUGUUUUGUGUAAGGGAUAACAUACAUCAGAUACUGAUGUUGCAUUUGCAACUGUGUACCUAAUCCAUUUUCCUUUUGACUCAGUCUGUCUUUCAUGUGCCUUGGUAUUGAAUACCCAUAUCUCUAUUCAAAAUCUUGUAAGGGUCUUUUUUUUCUUUUGUUUUCCAACAUCUGAGUCAACAUACCUGUGUUUAAGUAUAUAGUUUUCUCACUUAUGUAGUGACAGUAAUAAUUUUCUUUAUUGAAAUGAAACUGAGAGACAUGAGAAAAUGUUUGUGUUCAUGAUAAUUUAUCAUGUUUGUAUAUGACUGCAGAAGUUUCAUUUCUUGCUAAUAAUGAUUUUAAAGCUUCCUAGACGUGUGUUACAUUAACAUUUUGUCAUAAGGAGUUUUAUUACUGUAAAAGACCCAUCAACAGGAGGGAACAACAAACACUUUCAGUCUAUCUGCUAGUUCUUCUUAAUUAAACUAUAUUUGCCAAGUAUCAUAAUUAGAGUGGAAAUGUUCAUUUUUCUGUGGCAUAAUGAGAUUUCCUCUUCAACUUGGAUAUUGUAUGAUUUUGUACACUCUUAUUUUGCUUUCUUGUACAUUCACUAGCUUUGGCUUGUACUUCAGGAUUUCAGAUGCAAAUUUAAUCUUUCGGUUAUAUUAUGUUAAGAAAGAGGAGUUGGUGAUACAAACUUCUCUAAAAAAGUCAGUUUAAAUUUGUUUUUGUGUUGGUUAUAUUUGUAAUGCAAUUUUUUCAAAAAAGUGGAUACACUGAUAUUAAAGGAGCAGAAGAUUUUUACAAGAAACCAAACAAUUUUUGCAGUAUUGUAGAUUUUGGCAUGACUUAGAGCCCAAGGUAUUUAGCUUAUUUUCUCUUGUUUUAGUAAUGAGAAGUAUCACUUCUAUCAAUCGACAUAUUAAGUUCAUCGCCAUACCUACCUGAGGAGCUAUGAAAGAUAUCCACAUAACUGAUGUAAUGGCAGGCAAUUUACCAUCUCCUCAUUACACUUAAGUGUACGUUUUCUGUUCUUAAAUCCUGCAUCGGCAGUGUAAUAAGCUGAAACAUCAAGAGGCUUACACAUAUGAAGCAGAUAUAAUUGCCUUUGUAAAGCUAUAUAUUUACCCAAUAAAGCAGAAUUUUAUGGGAGCAUCCUUUAUUUAAUAAAGACAUUCUGCUUAGUUGUGUGUGGUUCCAUUUAUCUUAUUGAAAGGAGAUUGAGGGAUUCUUUCUCUAGCCUGACCCUUGCUGAGUUUUAUCAUACAAAUUUGUGAAAUGAAUGAAUUAUUUAACAGUAUUUAACUUUAUUUACUCUCCUGAAGUAGAUGAGAGAGAGUUUUAAGUACCAUACAACCCUAGUGCUGAAAUUUGCAAUGUUGUGCACUUUUGAGGUUGUGAAGAUUAGGUGUAACAAAAGUGGUUUAGUUUGUAUGUUCACAUAUUGUAAUCCCUGGCACCCAGAAAGGAGUAAAACCUUGAGUACUGAGGAAGGGCUGUGUUUCUGUGGUGGUGACUAAUGUAUUUCAUGCCUUAAAAAUCCUAUUUAUUUCAUUUCUUUGAUAAAAAAAAAGGUAUCCAGACAAUUAUAUUUCAGUGUUACAUCAAAAAAUUAGUGGUAUUACUUAGAAGUUUUUGUAACAGAAUGGAGGAAUAUCGCCUGUGUAUAAGUGAGUUUCGGACUUUUACAGAUUUUUUUUCUCUUUUGUAUCUACGAAUUAGUAGGGAAAUGGACAGAGGUAUACCUUAAAUCACACGUGUCUAAAUUAACAACUAAACACACUGCUUACUUUUUAAUCCUAAAGUUAUGUGUUACUAAUCAUUCAGUUUAAUUGGACAGCAUAUAACAGAGUUCUACAAUAAAUAAUUUUUUGGUGUUUUCCAAGAAAAUUAUAGUCGAAAUCACCACACUUCUUGGUAUCAGAUUUAUUAAACUGCUGCCUCAGGAUCAUUAUGCAGAGAAGUUAAGAACAUAUGGUAUCUCUUUCUUCAAGGGCGUAUCCAAGCAGCAAGCAUUGUUUUAGAUGAAGUAUGGCUGGAUGAACAGAGAUAAGAAAAAUUUUCCUGACUGGUUGAUUUGGAGCAAGUUUGGUUACAUUGCUCAGUAUCCUGUCAGAUAUUUUUAAAUCAAUCAACACUUACUGGAGUAGAAUAUUCAAUGCAUCAGCUAUCAGAAAAUGGAACUAUAAUCAACCCAAAUGAAAUUUGUUGCACUAAAUGAUUCUUUUACACCAAAUGAAGUAACAAAAAAGGGGUCUGUUGUUUCACAUACUCCUUUUGUCUUACUCCAUUGGUACACUUUCCUCUGUCAACUUCAUGACUGGAAUUGCAGCCAGAAGUGGCUUGCUCAUUUAUUUUUUAGAUUUUGACUGCUUUACUUUGUAAUUACUUGUUUUAAAAUAUUUUAUUUUCUACUGUGCAUCUGUGUGACUCAUGGGAACACAUGCAGUCCACGCACACAUUUUAUCUGAAACUUAUUUUUCAAAAUACUGUUUGAUAAUUUGCACACCCAUUGGCCUGUGAAUGUGUGGACUGGUCACAUGUGAGGAGCAUGCUUUGUUGUCAACAUUGCUAUGUCAUAUACAGUAAAUACUGCCUUCAUGUUCUUUGUUACAAAUUAACUUAUAAAUUGAUUUUGUGUGUGUGUGUGUGUGUGUGUGUGUGUGUGAGAGAGAGAGAGAGAGAGAGAGAGAGAGAGAGAGAGAGAGAGAGAGAGAGAGAUCACGCGUGCUCCCGCAUGCUCUUGCAUGCGUGCCGGCAUAGCUUGUGUCUGAUUUAAAGGUUUGUAAUCUCAUAUUUGUUCAGAAACACAUCUACAUUGUAGUAUUAUUUUAUGCAAUGGCUGUGAAUUAUUCUUACAUAAAACCUUACAAAAUUGCAUGGAAUUAGUUGUUAAAUUAGUGAGACGCAUGUAAAAAAAAUUAUUUUUGUGCAGUUCAUCUCCCAUAGGGAAAUGAUAAUUUUUAAAUAACUACUUUUUUUUAUUUACCUUAUUCUGUGGACUGAAGCUAAUUGUGAUAUCAGUGAACAUAGAAUUAUGACAAUCAAGAUAUAACAAAACUUACAUGUCGAGAGUUCUUAUAAAUUCAUAAUGCAACUUUAUUACAGUAUUAAUCCUUCAAGUGUCAUAAGUUUUAUGUACUCAGUCCUUUGUGGAUUCAAGUUGUACACUGCUUUUUUUCACUUUCGUGACAGCUUGUUAAUGGUAGAUAGAUAUUCAGUUGAAUAAUAUUAUUGAAAUACUCUCCAAACAUCACUACAAAUUGUACCAUUGGAACAGUUAUUUUUUUUUAUUUGUUUGUUUAUAGUACUGCUCAUUUGUCAAGUUAUGAGAAUAGUUUUAAUAUGUAAAGAAAUGAUAUGUAAAAAAAAGCUGGUAAAUAUUUAUUCUUAUACACAAUUGUGGAAUGAGAAAGCAAAACUUAUAGGACUGCAGUUAACUGUAAUAAGACUCUUAUUUAGUUUAUUUUCAUGUGCUUGAAAAAGCAAAUGUCAUAAAUAUUUCUUCCACAAUCAGCUCAAGAACAGAACUAGGGGAGACAGGUAAAAACAUUUUACAAGCAUUUACAUGCAACUCCCUGGAUGCAAACAAUAAUAAUACAGUUGUAAGCUGUAAGUAAUUCAUUUGGUAACCGUUUUGUUACAAUAACUCCAGUAUGUAGUUUGUUACGGCCCACAAUGAGAGGCAAAACACACAUAAGCAGCAAGGCUGUAUGUGAUUAGUUCCUCUAUCUGUUCAGCAAUUUUUAUUUUGUAAUACAGACUGUGUUAAUUUAAUAUUAAUAAAUAUAACAUUAAAGUAA